AUGGCGAAAGCUUGUUACAGCAGUUACAGCAGUCUCAUUACACAGACUACUCAGAGGUUGGCCUAUGAAAACUCAUUGCUGCUAGURUGGUGGAACACCCCUGUAAUUCCAGCAGCUCCAGACGCUGACACAGGAGAAUGGCCGCCCACCCUGCAGUUCCCCUAUGCACUGGAGAUGAUGACCUCCAUUGCUGGACAUAUGAGCGCCAUUUCUUGGGACAUUUCUUUCUCUGCUGUCCUUAGGCCUGUUGCUUCUAUACACUUGACAAACAUACAGUAUUCUGGYUCUUCUCAUACAAAAUUGACUUUUAGUACCAGUUCCUCCUACCAUGCUCCUGCUGCCACUCAGCACACACCCUUUUUUAAAGGUACAGCUGUUGCCAAAGGAGAGUUCAAAGAGCUAAGCCUUGAUGACUUUAAUUCACAGAACAUUUUAAUUAUGAAAUACUUGGUGCUUUUCUUCUACCCUGUGGAAUUCACCUUCCUGUGCCCUACAGAAGUCUUUGCUUUCAGUGUCAAAGCCAAUGAGUUUCACAAUGUGAACUGUGAAGUGGUUGCAGUUUCUGUGUACUCCCACCUGAGCCACCUUGCCUUGAUGGAUAUGCAGCGGAAGCUCUACUGUUUGUGCCAUAUGAACAUUGCACUCUUUUCGGAUUUAACCAAACAAAUUUCUUGAGACUACAGUGUGCUUUUUGAAAGUGCUGGKCUUGCACUCAGAGGUCUAUUCAUAAUUGACUCCCAUGGAGUCAUCAAGCAUCUGAGUAACAAAGAUCUGCCUGUAGGCCAGAGCAUGGAAGAGAACCUCUGUCUAGUGAAGGCAUUCCAGUUUGUGGAAACUCAUGGAGAAGUCUGCCCAGCAAACUGGACACAAGACUCCCCUAUAAUCAAUACAACUCCAACAGCUUCCAAAGAGUACUUCGAGAAGAUAAGUCCACAGAUAAUCCCCUGUGCCCCUGCAGCUUCUCAUGUCAGAAAAGAACUACAGCUGGAAACUUUUAAGCAUUUAAAAAUAAUUAUAUAUAAAAGGCAAGUCUAA